AUGAAGUGCUCAACUAUCAUCCUCUUUGCUGUGAAUGCCCUCGGCCUGGUAUCAGCUGCGGCUGUCGCUGACCCCGAACCCGCAUCCAUCGUUAACCCUGACGAUCUUGUGAACAAUCUCGAGACUCGACGCUGCUUUCUUUCUGGCGAGAAGUUUGACGACAUGCCCAAGACUUACCAGAAGGUCAGGGAUCUCUGCGCGGGGCCCUUCAAGGGUACAUACAAGAAAAAUGAAGUCCGUACUUAUUGUCGUGCCGUCGGGAGAAUAUCCGUCAAGUAUACCAUUGGACUUCAAGGGCACAAUGCUGGUUCAACUCGCAAUAUGGACUUCAAUGAGUGUGUCAAUGGCCUUGACAAGGAGAUCAAGAACUGCGCCAAGGGAGGUGACACCACCUACGGAAACUGGCGCUACCGGGUUGACCCUAACAGUGGAUCUUGUUGA